AUCUCUGUCGCUUUUUGGUGUAGCUAGCUACGCGCUCACUCGAAUGCGGUGCAGUUUUUGAGGUGUGGGGUUCUGAAGAAGAUACAGUAACGGUUCCAAUAUGGCGGUGCCGCUUUACGAGACGCGACGUCACGCUUCCAAUUACCCUCCUGAACAACAACAGCACCACCAAAACCACCAGGAAAAUGAGAGUAGUAAGGGGAGCUUGCUGUCCUUGCUCUCUGCUCGAGGUGUGACUCAACUGAAGGAGAAGUGGACCGAAUAUAAUCAACCGAAGAGACUCAGAAGAUUGGUAUCGUUGUUUGUUUCCCCUAGAGCCAAGCAUGUUGCAGUUGCCGCUGGAAAUCGGAUAACGAUUUUGAGUGAAGAGGAUGACUAUCAACAUUCAUGCGCCAUUUUCACCAGUCCCAGCUUUGGUACAUUUAGUGUAGGAGCUUGGUCUGAAGAUGAUGACGUUCUUGGAGUUGCUGAUGACACUGAUACACUGUAUUUUAUCAAAUUCAGUGGUGAAGUAAUAGCAGAAAUUACGAAGAAGCAGUUGAAAGUCUCUUCACCAAUCGUUGGCUUAUUUUCUGAUAACGAUUUAGAUAAGCACAAUUCUUACUUGUUCACUGUCAUUACAUCAGAUGGUUCACUUCAGCAAAUUGAGAUCAGUUAUGGACAUACGGGCUCUACUUUUCCCAAGUACAUUUCUAAUCACCGGGGUCAUCUCUGCAACAAUAUUUUCUGCUUUGACCGCCAUGAUGAACUUAACCUUUUUGUGGCUGUUCACAAGAACGCUGGAUCUUGCAGUCUUUCUCUUUGGCAUAAAAGUUCAAGUACAGAACUGGAGCAGUUGUUCUCUUUGCAGUUUGAGGGAUUAUAUUUAAAACCAAAAGGUUACAGAGGUCAGCUAACAUAUCCAAAGGUGCUAAUCUCACCACAAGCUACAUUUGUUGCAACUCUGGAUUUGACAGGGUGCUUGUAUAUUUUUAAGCUAGACAAAGAAGGCUAUACACUCUCCGAGUUUGUCUUGGGAGAGAGAGAUGAUUCACCAAUGUCUGAUAAUUUAUCCAAUGUUGGAAGCAAAUCUUUUGUGGGUUUUAUGGAUUUUACUUGGUGGUGUGACCAUAUCCUUGCCAUUGUAGAUAGGAAUAGUAAGGUUAUAUUGAUUAACAUCCUUAAUGGUUCAAAAGUUCAGGAAGAGGAUCCUGAGUACUUUUUACCUGUUCUAGAAAGAGCACAGAAAUAUAAAGGCUGUCUUUUUCUUUUAGCGGGUCUAUCAUCCAAAGAAAGAUAUAAUCCUUCCGAUUUUGAAUCAACAGAUGAGUUGCAUCAGACAGAGUGGAUCAUUGAAGAUAGGCUUAAUCAAUUUCACCUUUCUAGGUUGCUGUGGUUCCUCAUUUCAUUUGCUGAAAAAUCUGUCCCUGAAAUGUAUGGUAUUUUGAUUAGCAAGAAGAGAUAUCAGGCUGCUCUGGAUUUUGCUGAUAGUCAUGGAUUGGAUAAAGAUGAAGUUCUGAAGUCACAGUGGUUGAAUUCUAGCCAAGGAUUGAAUGAAAUAAAUAUAUAUUUGUCAAAUAUUAAGGAUAGAGGUUUUGUACUUUCUGAAUGUGUUGAUAGAAUUGGACCAACAGAAGAUGCUGUGAAGGCUUUGCUGGCUUAUGGUCUCCGCAUUACUGACCAUCAUAGAUUCUCAGAAGUAAAUGAUUGUAAUUCUAGUAAAGUAUGGGAUGCUCGCUUGGCCAGACUUCAAAUUUUGCAAUUUAGAGACAGGCUGGAAACAUAUCUUGGAAUAAACAUGGGCAGGUUUUCUGUGCAGGAAUAUAGCAAAUUCCGUGUUAUGCCUAUUAAUGAAGCUGCAGUAGCACUUGCAGAAAGUGGAAAAAUUGGUGCCUUAAACUUGCUCUUUAAGCGUCAUCCAUAUUCUUUGUCUCCCUUUAUGUUGGAAAUUUUAGCUGCCAUCCCAGAAACAGUUCCUGUCCAGACAUAUGGGCAGCUUCUUCCUGGAAAGUCUCCUCCUUCUAGUGUUGCUGUGAGGCAAUAUGAUUGGGUUGAAUGUGAGAAGAUGGUUCACUUCAUCAAUGCGUCAGUUGAAAACCAUGACAUUCAAAUCCUAGUCAAAACCGAACCUCUUGUUAAGCAUUUUCUUGGAUUUGCUUGGCCAUCAAUUGAUGAGCUCUCAAAUUGGUAUACAAAUAGAGCUAGAGCUAUGGAUAAUUUUAGUGGGCAGCUAGAUAAUUGCCUCAGCCUACUUGAGUUUGCUCUUCGCAAAGGUAUAUCUGAGUUGCAGCAGUUUCAUCAGGACAUAGUAUAUUUGUAUCAAAUUAUUUAUUCUGAUGACAAUGAUAGUGAAAUGAGCUUCAAUAUGAGUCUUGUCAUGUGGGGAGAAUUGUCAGACUAUGAUAAAUUUAAAUUUAUGCUCAAGGGAAUCAAAGAGGAAAAUGUAACUGAAAGAUUACACAAUAGAGCUAUUCCAUUUAUGCAUGAAAAGUUUCAUCAAGUAUCCUUAAUCGGAGAUGUCACUCUUUCUAAUUCUACAAAUCAAAAUAUAGAGGAAUCAUUUCUAGUCAGAUGGUUGAAGGAAACUGCUUUGGAGAAUAAAUUGGAGAUAUGCUUGGUGGUAAUUGAGGAAGGGUGCAGAAACUUCCAAAGUAAUGUCUAUUUCAAAACUGAGGUUGAAGCUGUUGAUUGUGCUUUGCAAUGCAUAUAUUUGUCCACAGUUACAGAUAGGUGGAGUAUCAUGGCAGCCAUACUAUCUAAACUUCCUCAAUUGCAUGAUGGUGCAAUUCAAGUUGAGAGCCUUGAGAGAAGACUUAGAGUUGCUGAAGGUCAUAUUGAAGCAGGGAGGCUCUUGGCAUUUUACCAGGUCCCAAAGCCAUUAAACUUUUUUCUAGGAUCUCAGUCAGAUGAGAAGGGUGUAAAACAGAUUAUUCGCCUUAUUCUUUCUAAAUUUAUUCGACGUCAGCCAAGCCGAUCAGAUAGUGAAUGGGCCAGCAUGUGGCGUGAUAUGCAGUACUUGAGGGAAAAGGCAUUUCCUUUUCUGGACCUGGAGUAUAUAUUGAUUGAAUUUUGCAGAGGGCUGCUUAAAGCUGGAAAAUUUUCUCUUGCACGAAAUUAUUUGAAGGGUACAAGUUCAGUUGCUUUGGCAUCAGAAAAGGCCGAAAACCUUGUCAUUCAAGCAGCUAGGGAGUACUUUUUCUCAGCUUCAAGUCUUUCUUGUUCUGAAAUCUGGAAUGCUAAAGAAUGUCUUAAUCUAUAUCCAAGUAGUGGAAAUGUGAAGGCAGAGGCAGAUAUUAUUGAUGCACUUACAGUUAAGCUUCCAAACCUUGGGGUGAAUAUUCUUCCCAUGCAGUUCAGGCAAAUAAAAGAUCCUAUGGAAAUUUUGAAAAUGGCAAUCACAAAUCAGACUGGAGCAUAUUUUCAUGUUGAUGAACUUAUCGAGGUUGCCAAACUUCUUGGCCUGAGGUCUGCCGAUGACAUAUCAGCUGUUGAGGAAGCUAUUGCUAGAGAGGCUGCAGUUUCUGGUGAUUUACAGUUGGCAUUUGAUCUCUGUCUUGUUUUGGCCAGAAAAGGACAUGGUUACAUAUGGGAUUUAUGUGCUGCAAUUGCAAGAGGUCCUGCCCUUGAAAAUAUGGAUGUGGACUCUCGAAAGCAGCUACUAGGGUUUGCUUUGAGCCAUUGUGAUGAGGAAUCCAUUGGCGAGCUUCUCCAGGCAUGGAAAGACCUAGAUAUGCAAGGCCAGUGUGAAACAUUAAUGAUGUCAACUGGGACAAAUUUUUCAGUGCAAAGUUCAUCAGUAAACUCACUUCAAAAGCAGAGUUUUCAAAAUGUACUUGAUAGCAAUGGUUGCUUUCAAGAGUUUGAUGGUAUUAGCGCUGACAAUCAAGAUUUUCAUGUCGAGAAAAUUAGAGACAUGCUUUCCAUUGUAGCUAAAACCUUGGCUGUUGGGGAUCGAACUGAUUGGGCCUCGGGCUUGACUGAAAAUGGAAAAAUUCUGUCUUUUGCUGCUUUACAACUUCCUUGGUUGCUUGAAUUGAGUAGGAAAGGAGAUAAUAAUAAGAAAUUUAGUACUGGAAAGCAAUAUUUAAACAUCAGAACACAAGCUGUGGUGACCAUUUUGUCGUGGUUGGCCAGGAAUGGAUUUGCCCCCAGAGACAAUCUGAUUGCCUCCUUAGCAAAUUCAAUUAUGGAACCACCGGUCACCGAAGAUGAAGAUAUAAUAGGGUGCUCCUAUCUUUUGAAUCUUGUGGAUGCUUUCAAUGGGGUAGAAAUUAUAGAAGAACAACUCAAAAUAAGAAAAGACUACCAAGAAAUUUGUAGCAUCAUGAAUGUUGGGAUGGCGUACAGCUUACUACACAACUCUGGAAUAGGGACUGACCCUGCUCAGCGGAAGGAGCUAUUGCUGAGGAGGUUUAAGGAAAAGCAUGCAUCACCCAGUUCUGAUGAUAUAGAUAAACUUGGCAAGGCACAGUCCUCGUUUUGGAGAGAGUGGAAGCUGAAGUUAGAAGAGCAAAAGCGUAUGACUGAUCAUUCUAGAGCACUAGAGAAAAUAAUUCCUGGUGUUGAAACGGAGCGCUUUUUGUCCGGGGACUCCAUCUACAUUGAGAAUGUUGUUCUCUCUCUCAUUGAGUCAGUAAAGUUCGAAAAAAAGCGCAUUUUGAAGGACAUAUUAAAAUUGGCUGAUACUUAUGGCUUGAACUGUAAUGAGGUGCUGUUGCGUUACCUUAGCGCUGUCCUUGUUUCUGAUGUUUGGACAAAUGAUGAUAUUACAGCCGACAUUGCAGCUUAUAAAGGACAAAUAAUUGGUAAUAGUGCCAAAACCAUUGAAACAAUCUCAAAAAUUGUCUACCCUGCAAUUGAUGGGUGCAACAAGCUUCGCCUUGCUUAUGUGUAUGGCCUGUUGUCAGAGUGCUACUUGCAGCUGGAAAAUACCAAAGAUUUAUCACCAAUAGUACAGCCUGAUCAUGCAAAUGCCAAUCUAAGGUUUACUCAUUAUUACAAGGUCCUCGAGCAAGAAUGCAAAAAUGUAUCCUUUAUCAAUAACCUAAACUUCAAAAAUAUAGCUGGGUUGUGUGGUUUGAACUUUGAUUCCUUUAGAGAUGAAGUUUAUGCAUGUAUUGAGGAAAGUAGCUUGUCAGCUUUGUCAAAAAUGGUACAGGCUUUUGUCAAUAUAUAUGGUGAUUCAUUGCCUGAGGGUUUUAUGUCAUGGCAGGAUGUCUACAAGUACUACAUCCUUAGUUUGCUGAGAGCUUUGGAAACUAAAGCUACAACUGAUUCUAGUAUUAGAACUCCUGAAUACCUUCAAGGCUUUAUAAGUAAGCUUGAGCAGAGCUAUGAUUUGUGCCGAAUGCAUAUUAAACUUUUGAGCCAGUCUGAUGCUUUGGGGAUCAUGAAGCAGUACUUCACUGUAAUCAUGCCUCUCUACAGUUCGUAUGGAUUCCUACCUGACAAUUCAACAUGGCAAGACUGCCUUAUUGUUCUUCUAAACUUUUGGAUGAGAUUGACAGAUGAUAUGAAGGAAAUUGCAUUGGAGGAAAGUUCAGGCGAAACUUUUAGCUUCAAUCCACAAUGUUUAAUGAGUUGUCUUAAGGUUUUUAUGAAAUUGGUGAUGGAGGAUAUCAUCUCCCCAAGUCAGGGCUGGGGCAGCAUAUAUGGCUAUGUCAACGGUGGCUUAAAUGGUGAUUCUUCUGCAGAAAUUUAUAGUUUCUGCAAAGCUAUGAUUUUUUCUGGUUGUGGGUUUGGUGCCGUUGCAGAGGUUUUUUCUGUUGCAUCAUUGGAAACUGGUUCAGCUUCUGAUUCUGCCACAGGUUCCCAGGAUCUUCCUCAUUUCUAUUUAGAAAUUGUGGAAGCUGUUCUGCAGGAAUUGGUCGAUGGAUCCCAUGAGAGCCAAAACCUGUAUCAUAUAUUGUCAUCUUUAAGCAAGCUAGAAGGUGAUUUAAAAGUUAUGCAAUGUGUUAGACAUGUAAUUUGGGAAAGAAUGGUCCAGUUCUCUGACAAUUUACAGUUGCCAAGUUCCAUCAGAGUUUUUGUACUAGAGCUUAUGCAAUUUAUCUCAGGUAAAAAUAUUAAGGGUUUCUCUACAGAAAUACUAGCCAAUGUUCAACCAUGGGAAGAAUGGAAUGAAUUGCUUUAUGCUAGUAGAAAGAGUGAGACCGAUGUUGACAAGCAGUUGCCAGAUCACAAAGACUCUUCUAGUAGGUUUACAAAUACUUUGGUUGCUCUGAGAUCAUCUCAGCUUGUGGCAUCAAUCUCUCCUAGCAUAGAAAUUACCUCUGAUGAUCUAUUGAAUGCAGACAUGGCUGUUUCUUGCUUUUUGAGGUUGUGUGAAGAAGCUAGUAAAGAUCUCCACUUCGAUGCUCUGGUAGCCAUUUUGGAGGAAUGGGAUGGGCUUUUCAGUACAGAGAAAGACGGAGAAACUGCUGCUGAAGCAUCUGACGGAGGAAAUGACUGGAAUAAUGAUGAUUGGGAUGAGGGAUGGGAAAGUCUUGAGGAAGUAGACAAGCCUGAGAGAGAAAAGAAAGAGGAUUCUGCUUCUGUUCACCCUUUACAUGUGUGUUGGGCGGAGAUUUUUAGAAAAUUCAUAAGCCUAUCAAGGUUUAGUGAUGUGCUGAGACUGAUUGAUCAAUCAUCAUUAAAACCUAAUGGUAUAUUGCUUGAUGAAGAUGAUGCCAGGAGCUUAAGCCAGAUAGCACUUGGCGCGGAUUGCUUUCUGGCUUUGAAGAUGGCACUGUUGCUGCCUUACAAAACAUUACAGCUGCAGUGCCUGGGUGCAGUUGAGGAUAACAUAAGACAAGGCAUCUCUGAAACAAGGGGCAAGGACUAUGAGUUAUUAAUUCUUAUUUUUUCUUCUGGGAUUCUUACUUCUAUUGCGACCGACUCUACCUAUGGUACUACUUUCUCUUAUCUCUGCUAUUUGAUUGGAAACUUGUCCAAUCAAUGUCAAGAAGCUCUGGUAUCAGGCAGAGGAAUUAACAAUAGUGAAGAUCACGGGAAUCAGUUGCUUCUUUACGGAAGGAUCCUUUUCCCUAAUUUCAUAGCGGAACUUGUGAAGGCUGAUCAACAUGUUCUAGCUGGAUUUCUAGUCACAAAAUUUAUGCACACUAAUGAAACACUCAGUCUCAUUAACAUUGCCGAGGCCAGUCUUAAUAGGUAUCUGGAAAGGCAGCUACACUUGCUACAGGUCAACGAGUUUCCUGUUGAGAAGACAUGUAAAACAUUGAAGAAUACAAUUAGCAGGUUGAGAAGCAAACUGAGCAAUUUGAUUCAAUCUACAUUGCCAUUGCUUUCUGCUAGUGUUAGUUGAUAGAAGUUUCGAUUUGAUCCCCCCUUUUAUCCGUUUCAGCAAAUUGUUUUAGAGUAGCAUUUGUAUCAAAUUAGAAUGCGAGGGUUUUCUUGAUGACUAUUUAAAUAGAUAUUUUCUUUUGGAGGGUUGGGUUUACGGAUGAAUUGCUUGUUCAAAAGAAAAGCUAAUUAGAGAUUCAAAAUUUCAUACAUGUAUGUGUUUAAGAAUUAUUUGACCAUAUAUUU